CUAGCCUCAGUCGCCCGCGACAUUCUGUCCGCGAUACGAUUCGGUGUGAACGUGUCGUGUGCCCUCCUCGUGCCCCUGUCUAGGUCGCCCGCGCCGGUCAUCAGUGAACGUAUCGAUCGUCGUGGAUCGCGCGAGCAAGAGCCACCCCCUGGAGGACCGGUGGUGCACGGAGGUGUCGCACUCGUCGUGCGACAGGACCGCGUGACAGGAUCGGAUAGUCCGCGGAUCUCUGUCUGAAAUAUCAUCUUGCGAAAUACGAUCGAUCUCAUGACGACCGGUCACCGUUCGCUACGAAAGAAGUCAUCGAACCGUCGCAGAGAACGAGCCGAUUCAGCGUAACGCCGGUGACGAAGCUGUCACCAAAGGCAGAGGGUGGACCUCCACUUGAGAGCAGCGGCAAUUUUCGGAGUGCAGAGUAGCGCGACGGGACGGAUCGAUAACGCGACGGUAAUAUCCCGAGUAGUCCCUUCACCUUCGGUGACGUUCAGGUGGUUCAGCGAUUAGUGACGAGGUGAGUCGCGGCGCGCUCCCACGUCGCCGAAUAUACUGGAGCCGCGCCAAAAAGAGUCGCGGACGGUUGCUGCGUUUCAGGUUCCGCGGUGGUCACCACGUGGUCGUCACGGCCUGACCGCGACUUCGCCGCGGGUAAAUUUAGAGGAACGAGCUCGCGCGCGCGAGAUUGACGGUUGCCGAAUCGAGUCGCCCGCUCAUUGAUCCAGCGAACGAGGAGUUCGCCGUCAGGUUCGCCGCCGGAGGGACACGGCGCGUCCCCCGCCUCGAUCGUGGAAUGAUCGGCGUGGAGUCGAUCGUCGCGAGUUCUGCUACCGGCCGACUCGAUGUGCCGCUAAAGGAAUCGUCAUCCGCGAGGCAUCGAGAGCCGAACAGGUGCGAGCGCGCGAAAGCCGCAGUCACGUGGCCCAAGAUGAUGUAAGGUGUCUGAGCACGGAGUUGCGGUGACGAGAUGACGCGCGACAGGAGGCUACUGCUACUGCUGGGCCUGCUGAUGGCUUACGGCCUUUUCGUGGUCGAGUGCCAUCAGCAUAAGGACGCGACGACGGAGGCGAGACAUCGGCAUAGGCACAGGCACGAGUCCUCGAAUCGGAGGAGUCAUCAUGACCUCGACAGGAGAUCCUGGCAGGAGGUCGAUUACGAGUACGAUGGAGACGCUGAGAAAGAUUCGACGGAUGAGGAUGAUUAUGAGACACCAUCGCACUACGAUUACCUUAAAUCGUACCAGCAACAGAGAAGUUAUCAUGGUUGGAUGUUCGAGCCACGUUAUCCAGGCAGGUACUACGGCGGAGGCUAUCACGGGAGUGAUUGGUACGAUGAGGACAGCGACAGGCGCAAGACUCUGUCGCGACACAAAGCGAAGAAUCGCCGACACCCACCCAAUAGGAACCAUCACGGGCGUGCUUAUUCGCGCAAUCACGACACGUCGGAUUAUGACGACGACACGAGGGAGGAUUUCGAUUACAGGAGGUUGCAUAGAUACGUAAAGAACAGAGUAGCCGAUAGGCUGCUUCAUUCCGAAUGGCGAAAAAACGCCAGACGACACUCUUCUCCGAAGAAGGACUGGAGAAGCAAGAUGUCCGGGCGUCUCGACGCGUGGAGGCACUACUUGAAGGAUCGCACCGUCGAUCGUGACAAGGAGUCCAGAUGGAAUACAGAGUAUUGGAAGACAAAAUCGAACUCGUCGGAACACAAAUUCCAUUCGUUCGAAGACGAAAGUAAGUCGGCAGAGGACGAAGACUACAAGGACCACGGCGGACUCGAGGAGAGCGACAAAGACGAAGAGGAGGAGGAGGAUGACAUUUGGAAAAUCCUCGACGACAAGGACGAAGACGACGAAGACGACGACGACGAGGUGGAGGAAUUGGACAACGACUUCUACAAGAGCAAGUCGAAGUCAGCCUUAACUUACGACGACAUCAUCAGGAGACUUACGUCCGACGAUCCGACCACGGCGAGGACCACCGUCAAGAGGGAUUACCGAAACAUCGAAGACAGACACGCGAAACGCGAAGGCUACAGGCUACACUUCAAGCACGAGCCGAGAAACGUGUCCAGGGUGCUGGGCCCCUUCACGUUCGCCAACAAACCGAUCAUCAACAGACCGCACGCCGGCAUCGCGGUGAGCUCGAGCGUCAAAUCCGCUGUCUCAGACGAGCCUAAGUCCCCGAAGAACGCGCUCGCCGUGGCGGCCAAGCGCAACGACUGGCAGCAGGAAAGGAGGACCGCAGUCAAGAUCGACGGAACGACACACAGUACGCGUACUAAGAGCAAGAGGGGCGAUCUGGAUAACGACGGGUACCUGUACGGGCCGGAUAACGAGAAGGAGGACGAUCUUGUCACAGAUGAGGAGGAAGACUCAGACAUGCAGGCGGACGUUACCGAUACCGGUUACGCCGACGAUGACAAUGAAGACGAGGAUUCGAUCGACACAACGUCAAGGGUUACCACCACUGUGCCCAAGACAACAACCACGGCGCCAAAGUGGCCGUUCCACCAGCAUGGUAAGAACACAAGAGCCAAUGGCAGAGGAAGCACCGCGGCGGAAUAUAACGGACACCAGCCGAAAAACGACUACCCGCCGAUGUCUGCUCACAGCGUCUACAAGUGGCGGACGCUCGGCACUCGCGAGUCCGUCAAACAGACUAUGAACAGCAUGCGGCAGAGCAAUAACGGUGAGCAUCCUGCAGCAAUACAAGAAGCUAGUCUAUAUUGGAACAAGAUAAAGGAAGAAGGCAGCUGUAAGUGGCCGCGCGCAAAGCUCAUUCGAAUUAGCAACAUUCAUCCGGAUUCGGCCGUCAGCUAUUUUCCACACUGCGCCAUAUUGCACGAAUGCUCGGACAACACUGGAUGUUGCGCAACGGAUCAGCUCACUUGUGUGGCGAGUAAAUCCCGCUCCGUCGAGCUUACAAUCUACGCCAAGAGUAUGGAAGGUACUUACCGCCCGGUGAGGCUAAUGUUCAACAAUCAUACGGAAUGCGAGUGCAGAGAAAAGACGCCCGAGAUGCAGAGAAUCGACCAGUCUCCCUCGUCUCCGCAAAACAUGAAGAUAACGCCGUCGAUAAAACUAUGCAAGUGUACGAAGUAUUUCGUGGCGAGACGAUACCCACAAGGAGACUGUCGAUGCGAAUGCCCAGAUAAGAACGAUAAUUGUAAACCGAUCAGUAAAGGAAAGAGAAUUCUCGAUUAUGAGGACAGAGAGUGCGUCAGAAAUAGCGAGUGCACGACACCUACUUGCGAAUUCGGCACAUACAGAUCCUGGGAAUACAGGUGUCCGGCGAAGAAAGACACAUUCGAUGCGGCCGCGAACCACGUUAUGGGAUCUCAGCGCCAAAUAAGGAGGAACGAACGAAGGAAUCGCACAGGAUAGGCGGAUGUCGUGCCAAUGUAGCCGGAAAUGUAGCGCGCGUCUGUCGGGGCGCGCGGGAAACCGAUGGUGCCAUUUACUUUUCUUUUUUCUAUCAAGUGCCUUCGUCAGAGACACUCGUUUAUAUGUGUACGUGUAAACCCCCCCUUUUCCCCGCGGCAUUAUGUAUAAAUGUACAUCGCUAUCUAGGACGCGAGCGUGGAAGUGUCGUCGUCGUCGUCGCCGCUUCUUUCUUUUUCAAACGCGAUCGAACGAGAAUACGAGAUGAUAAUGACGACGCUCGCCGACUUUCGAUAGCAGUGAUCGUCGCGGGGAUACAGUAAAAAUAGUAUUUCGUUGGUUAAGUGAUAAGGAAAGCUUAUGGCGUCGAUUCGUAGUGGCGAUUCGCUAAUGGUGAGACAGGGACAGAAAAAGAAAGAAAGAGAGCGAGAGAGUUGAAGUGAAUUAACCCCUCGCGUUGGCACUUAUUCGGUGAACUUUUAGAACGUAUAAAUGGAUUUAAUUUAAGUUACUUAACUUCACAUUCAAAAAGAAUGAAAAUACAAUCUGUAACUCUAUUCAAUACUUUACCCUAUCUCGUAGAAUUUUUUUAAGUAUUUCCUUAUUAUAGAAUGAUAAGAAUAAAUUUCAUGAUUUGCGAUAAACAAUAUGCAGAUUCCGCUAGCAAAAGCACAAUGUCUGGCAGACGUCAUUCCAAUGCAAGGGGUUAAAACAGAAAUAAGAUCAACAAGUUAAACCCGAUCGGAGAAUUCCGAAUCGUUCAAGUCAAGAACUAACGGAUCCCAUACAGUUCCCUGUAUCUGGGAUAAAAUGACGUGUAUUAAUAGCUAUCAUCGCGAAGCUAUCCAGUGAUAGAAUGCUGCGAGUAAUAGUUUCCGGAGAGAAACACGAUUGCGAAGGAAGUAUAUGCCUACCGAGGAUAGUGUGGUGGCCGUUAACUGACUAUGUCAACUGACAUCCCAUGGCGAGCCGCCGAAAUUACAUAGAUCUGAGAGGACGCGACACGUCUCUCGAGUUAAUGGUAAUUUUAUGCGAUAAGCGAUGCCUCGAUUAUCAUAGUUUACGCUGAGAAGACCUCGGACGCGAGCCUAGUCUGAGAUCCUGUCUUCGUUCUGCGCGAGAGGACGCUCGUUUAAUCUUGGGACUACAUUCGACGAACUCAUUAAGAUCUUUCCGAUUGCCGCUCUUUCGACUGGACGACUGGCUAGGCCGGAAACAUAUUUACGAAAAUAGCGUGUCCGACGAGAUAAGAUACCAAGAUCCGAGCAGAAGCAGAAGCGGGCGAUCGAUCGCGCAGAAUCGAGACAGAUCAUCAAUGUAUCCACAUUUUGUAUGUUACACGAUAGAGUAUCUUUAUUGUGUUUAUAAUCGAGCAUUAAUAUACGCCACGUUCGUUAAUUUAAUAUUUAAUCGAUACAGAGAGAGAGAGAGAGAAAGAGAGACGUGUAAACAGCCCGGAGCGCUACUCUUGCGCCUUCAUCCAGGUGAUGCAACACGAAGAAGGUUCUAAAACGUCGCGUACGGUGCAGCCGCGUGUUUGUAACUUUGUAUUUUCUAUGUUAUUAAUGAGAAACACACACACAUACACACACAUACACAGCAAACUAGAUAUCGCGAGGUAGGUCAAUUGUGUGCGUCGACUCGUAUCGCGCGCUUGGACUAUACGACUGUCCGUGAGAAACAGCCGUUAUAUUGUUAAUAUCGCCGCUUCUUUACUACGAAAGGAACUAUGAUUAUCUGAGAAUAUAAAAUAUAUUAAUUACACAAUC